AUGGGUCCGUUGCAGAAACGACAGAGAACCGUGGAGGACUUCAACCAGUUCUGCACCUUCGUUUUGGCCUACGCAGGCUACAUCCCCUACCCUGAAGAGAACGAGCCCUGGACCCACGGAGGCAGCAUGAGUCCCCAGAACAGCACGGGGAGCACUCAGGACAGCGAUAGCUGGGCCUCGUCCCACUCCUCCGACUGCCACCAAACCAAACGGAAGAAACCACCAGCAAAGAAACUCAUUUUGGAGCAGGAGGUGGAGAAGAGGGUGCCGCUGGGCGCUGGGAAGGGCUUUGGGGCAGAGCAGGACGGGGUGAAGGAGCUGGCUGUGCUGGAGGGACAGGUGCCUCCCGUGAAAGAGCAGCUCUUGGAGCCUGCCCCCAACCCGGCUGGGGAUCCCCAGCCCAACUCCCUCCUGGAGGAGCUGAUGAAGGAGGAGAAGGACUGGAUGCACGGAGCGCAGGGGACCGAGAAGCCAGCGGGAGAUGAUCCUCAGCUAAAGGAGCACGACCCCUGCUCUGGAGGGAGGAAAAGCCCCAGUUCUUGUAGUACCUUGGACCAAAGCGAAGGGGAAGAUGCAAGCAGAGGGAGCUCCCAGCUUAGCGCAGUUGAAUUCGCAGCAGCUCCCAACACCAAAGCGGAAGACGACGAUGCCUGGGAUCUGAUCACCUGCUUCUGCCUGAAGCCCUUCGCAGGGAGGCCCAUGAUCGAAUGUAACGAAUGCGCUACCUGGAUCCACCUCUCUUGUGCCAAGAUCCGCAAAUCCAACGUGCCUGAGGUUUUCAUCUGCCAGCGAUGCCGCGAUGCCAAGCAGGAGAUUCGCCGCUCGAACCGAGCUCGGACGGUGCCCCGCAAGCGCUUCUGUGACUGA